AUGGUUAAUAAGUCUGAUCGAUUUGCUUCAGCCCUUUUUCUCCUUCUCUCUAAUGUCGAUGUCACCCACCAAAUUGAACUCUUCCUGUUCGUCCUUCCUUCCACAACCUAUCGGAGUCGUUCUCCGAUUCGGUGGCUAAGAAGCGCAAAUCGGCCUGAGAGGAGGACACUUAUAGACAACGAGCUUUGGCGAGGGCCUUCACAUCGGAGACGAAGACUGCCGGUUUCGUCUCAACACUUUCUUGUUAAACGAUGUAAGGUAAAGCGCUUUGAGUCUGCCACUCCUGGUUUCUUGUCUCCGGUAAUCGAAGAUUCAGACGCGAGUUGACUGUAUAUCUGCAAGCUGUAUUGUUUUCCUCGUGGAAAACAGUUCGCAUCACAUGAAACUGCUUGUGGACAGGGUUUGGAAAUGUGUUGUAUGAAAAUCUUAGAAGAAUUGCAAGUCCGUUGCUAAAUACAAAGUUUCCCUAAUUGAGUGUUGUUUAAAUUGUAUACAUAUUGUCACUCAAUUGUUACUCUGUAAUGUGCACAGUUUUCAUUUGCAUGUAUGAUGUUAAAUGUUAAUGAAAGGUUUAUGUUGUUAUAAUUGAUCAAAUAACUCCUUUAUAUG